AAUCGGAUUCUCACAGAAAGCCAGCGAUUGGAGCGAAGGUUAAGAAUUGAGUUAAGAAAACAGUUGACCGAAGAAAACGAGAAAUUCAGUGACAAUGAUAUCAACGCCACGAAUGACACAACUCAACAGAUAUCGGAUUCAGACAACACAUCCACUAAUAAUAUCGAUGUGAACGGCUAUACCAGUGAUUUCGUCAAUCAGUUAAUCAUCAAUAAUAACAGUGUUUGCGAUGAACAGGAUCUGUCACUUACUUGCAUAGAAACACAAGAAUAUACAGAAUAUUCUGUUGAUACCGUAGCGCAGAAACAGGAGAUACCGGUGCCCAUCGAGCGGCCCAUCACUGACUACAAUAACAACUUUAAUGAGACUGAGUUCAGUCAUCUCAACGAAAUGAUGUUUGCAGUCAAUCACAUGCAACCAAACGGUGCGCCGGCGGUCACGUGGGAACCGAUUGAUUACAAAGAGAUUACGGAAUGUGCCGUUGCUAAAUGGGAGUCCGACGUACCGCUCAUGGUGAACAUGUGCCGCAAUUUGCGCUCGUUUAACCUGUUGUGCGAGAGUGACCAGUUGUCAUUAAUUAAAUACGGAGGUAUGGAGAUGCUUACAUUGCGCACCGCCAGGUUUUAUGACAUCACCACCAAUAGUUGGAUUCUGGUCAUGGACUCAAAUAAUUCAGUGAAAAUUAGUUUGGAUCACAUGAAGGUAUUCAAUCAAACAGAGAAAUAUGAUUAUCACAAGAGGUUAUUGUCCAAUAUAUUCAAUAACUCCGAUGGCGACCACAAUAUCAUUGAUUUGUUAUCGUUAAUUUUAUUUUUCAAUCCAAAUCGUCCGGACCUCCAAUUCAGACAUACUGUUAAAUAUCAAAGGCAUGUUUACACGUAUCUGCUUAAGAGAUAUUUACAACUCAAGUAUAGAUCAGAGUCGGAGGCGAACGCAAGACUAUUAGUCAAAUAG